UGGUACCAGUGCUGCCCAGAUUCACUAGGAGAACCUAUGCGAGCUCUUUUCAUCCAGAGCCACCUGGACUCGGACACCAGGGCUUUUCUCCAGCACAGUAAAACAAAGUCAGGCUGGCUGUUCACGCAGCUCUACCACUCUCUGGUCUCCACCAUCCUCAGCCCCCUGGUGUCGCGGACCUCCAUCAAUGGGUUUCUGGGUCGGGGAGCAAUGUUUGUGUUUUCUACAGAGCAGUUCCAGCAGUUGCUCCGGGUCGGGUCAGACUGGAGGGCAGAGAGACUUCUGGACCUCGGUGCUGGGGAUGGAGGGGUCACAGAGGUGAUGGGAGUCCAUUUCAGACAGAUCUUUGUAACUGAAGUCUCGUUACCCAUGAGGUGGAGCCUGCAGAGGAAGAACUACACGUUGCUGGGAAUAGAUGAGUGGCAGAACACUGGUUUCCAGUACGACGUGAUCAGCUGUUUGAACCUGUUGGACCGCUGCGAUGAUCCUCUGCACCUCCUGCAGGACAUUAAGAGAUCCUUAGUCCCGAAGACGGGGAGGCUGGUCCUGGCUGCUGUGCUUCCCUUCCAGCCAUGGGUGGAAAUCGGAGGAAGAUGGGAGCGUCCAAAAACACAUCUAAAAGUCUCAGGGAACACGUGGGAGGAGCAAGUGACCUCCAUGUCCAACAAUGUUUUCCACCGGGUCGGCUUCCAGGUGGAGGCUGUGACCCGUUUGCCAUACCUGUGUGAAGGAGACAUGUAUAACGAUUAUUAUGUUCUUGAUGAUGCUGUUUUUGUUCUCAAGGCCUCUGAUGAAGAGGRCGGUUCAGCUCCGUAAGUCUGGAGUGUCUCUGGAUUCCUCCAAGGUGGUUGGUUGAUGCAUCACUUCUAAAGGUCUGACUUGUUUAGAAAUGGUGACUCGGGUAUUAAGGUCGUGUACUGUAGUUUGAAUAUUUUUGAAUGUUUUGUAUCUUUUAUUACCUCCGUUUUUUUAUGAAAAAAUGUAAUGAGAAAGGUGAAACUGACUGGUGCUUUUAAAAUUUGCCACUAACUAUUGUAUGAAAACCCUYACUUGUGUUUACUGUGUGAAUUUAACUGGUGAGAUUAUCUUUAUUGAUGAAAGUAAAACUUACCGUAUUUAUUCAAGUAUAAUACGUAAAAUUUAAUCCAUAAAAUCAUCCAUAAAGUUGGGGGGUAGUAUUAU